UUUGGAAAGCCCGCGCCCCACGCUGCGCCCACUAAUCCCCUUCGCUGCCGCGGCUGCGGUGCUGCCUCGGGGUGUCCAAGCACCCAGAGCCCCUGCAUGGGCACACGGGGCCGUGCCCCAACCCUUUCCCUGCUCCUGCUUCAGUCUUGAGGAUGCUCAUGUCCUCCCUGGCCUGUGCAAAAGGGUGCUGAGUGCCCCGAACACGCGGUUGGGUAGAGGCUGAUGUAGAAGUCUGGACCGGGUGCAUCCCAGCCUGGAGGUCAGGACAUCCCAACAUCCCGGCAAAGCACCGCGGCCGUCCAAGAGGAGGGGUUCACCUUACUUGGCUUUGGCACAGCCCUGAUCUCUCAGCACACCAAGACCUCACCUGCAGCACUAAGGAGGGAGUGUGAUUGAGGAGCGGUGGCUGCAGCUCGUCCUCUGGCAGGAGCAGAAGAUGCAGGAGGCCGUGUAGCAGGUUCCUGAGCAGCCGCUGAGAGCUCAGCCCCGCAGGACCCGGCCGCACAGGAGGGUACCAUGAACUGAGCACGCAGCCACCCGACACAGCCUUUUUUGGGGGUUGUUUUUCAUAUUGAACCAAAACCUCCCCGCACCCGUUCAUGAAAGCGUUUUAACAGGGGGUUCCGCUUCCCCUCCCCUGGAGUGAAGUCAUCCCGGCUGUGGUGAGGAUUUCCAGAGAAGAUGGGGAGAAAAAAGAUCCAGAUCCAGCGGAUCACGGACGAGCGCAAUCGGCAGGUGACCUUCACCAAGCGCAAGUUCGGUUUGAUGAAGAAAGCCUAUGAGCUGAGCGUCCUGUGCGACUGCGAGAUCGCCCUCAUCAUCUUCAACCACUCCAACAAGCUGUUCCAGUAUGCCAGCACCGACAUGGACAAGGUGCUGCUCAAGUACACCGAGUACAACGAGCCCCACGAGAGCCGGACCAACGCGGACAUCAUCGAGACGUUAAGAAAGAAAGGUUUUAACGGCUGUGACAGCCCGGAGCCCGACGGCGAUGACUCGAUAGACCAGAGCCCCUUGAUGGAGGAUAAAUACCGUAAAGGCAGCGAGGAUCUGGAUAUCCUCUUCAAGCGCUAUGGUUCUGCAGUGCCAGCUCCCAACUUCGCCAUGCCCGUGACGGUGCCGGUGACCAACCAGAACACGCUGCAGUUCAGCAACCCUGGCAGCUCGCUGGUGACACAGUCCCUGGUGACAUCCUCACUGACAGACCCGCGGCUCCUCUCGCCACAGCAGCCAGCGCUGCAGAGGAACACCGUGUCCCCGGGGCUGCCACAGAGGCCGGCCAGUGCAGGGGCGAUGCUUGGGGGAGACCUGAACAACACGAACGGAGCCUGCCCGAGCCCUGUGGGAAACGGCUACGUGAGUGCCAGAGCCUCUCCGGGUCUCCUUCCCGUGUCCAACGGCAGCAGCUUGGGCAAGAUCAUCCCGGCCAAGUCCCCGCCGCCGCCGUCGCACAGCACCCAGCUCGCCACCAACAGCCGCAAGCCGGAUUUACGCGUGAUCACCUCACAGAGCGGCAAGGGCUUGAUGCACCAUUUGACCGAGGACCACUUGGCUCUGCAGAACACGCAGCGGUUGGGUGUCUCCCAAGCAACUCACUCUUUAACCACACCGGUUGUUUCUGUGGCUACUCCGAGUUUGCUGACGCAGGGGCUGCCUUUCUCUGCCAUGCCCACAGCCUACAACACAGAUUAUCAGCUGCCGAGUGCUGAGUUGUCUUCGCUGCCAGCAUUCAGCUCACCCAGUGGGCUGUCCCUUGGCAACAUCUCUGCCUGGCAGCAGCAGCAGCAGCAGCAACAACAGCAACAACAGCAGCAACAGCAGCAACAGCAGCAGCAGCAGCAACAACAGCAGCAACAACAGCAGCAGCAGCAGCAACAGCCACAGCAGCAGCCACAGCAGCAUCUGGUUCCUGUAUCACUAGGAAAUUUAAUACAAGGGAGUCACUUAUCCCACACCACCACUUUGACUGUCAACACCAACCCCAACAUCAGCAUCAAGUCGGAGCCCGUCUCACCCAACCGGGAAAGGAACACUGCCACCCCGCUCAGCACCUUCCCCCACCAGCCCCGGCACGAGCCCACCGGCCGCUCGCCCGUCGACAGCCUCAGCAGCAACACCAGCUCCUACGAAGGCAGCAGCGAGCGGGAUGAUCCCGCCCGCCCUGAUUUCGGCUCAUCCCUGGGCCUCCUGCGACCCACCAGCGAGCCCGAGGGCGAGAGCCCCUCCGUAAAGCGCAUGCGGUUGGAUACCUGGGUCACAUAACGGGGUCCUCGCCAUCCCUUGGGAGCGCUGCUGGCGCCGCAGGGAAAGGGCGGGAGGGGUGGGAGGGAUGGGGCGAAACGGGUUAUGGGGAUGGGAUGGGAUAGGGUGGGAGGGAAAUGAUCAUAAACUGCCUGAGAAAUAGCUUUAGGAUUCUGUAGGCAUUCAUCCUAGCGCAGCAGGCGAUGCACGCAGUACAUACGGCGCUCCUCGGCUUGGGAAUAGCCAGGGGGUGCGUGGGGAAGGGAGGGAUGGAAAUCAAAUGGCUGAGUCCUGGCCAAAACCAACUGGGGACGCUCAUCCCCAUAGUGGCAGUGGGUGCCCAUUGAAUGCAAGACCCCGGGGAUGUUGGACCCCCCCUCAGGAGGUGGGGCUGUAUCCCUGGGGAAGAGCGCCUGCAGCAAGGAUGGACUCCGAGGGGAGAUGGGGCACAGAGCCUUCCCAAAACACAGUGCUGGGGUUCUCCCAGGUCCAAUGUGCAGGGAAGGGCGGCUCAGAUAUGAUCCAGCUCUCAAGAAGGUUGAAGGGCUUUGGCAGGCACCGAUUUUCCUGAAUAAGAAGGAAUAAGAAGGAAUAAGAGGCAGAUUUUUAAGGCUUAAACCUGUUUGCAUGAAGUCGAUGCAGACAGCACCCAAGGGAACUCCACUGUUCCUGGCAAUGACCAUGUUCAAACUCCAGUUAUCCUUUCCCAAAGGCAGAGAGGAAAGUCUGGCCUCUGCCUGGGUGCAGUGUGUUUGGAGAGGAGGGAUUCCUUAUGCACAUUUGACACUUCCAUCCCUGGCAGUGUUCAAGGCCAGGUUGGACACAGGGGCUUGGAGCAACCUGCUCUAGUGGAAGGUGUCCCUGCCCGUGGCAGGGGGUUGGAGCUGGAGGAGCUUUAAGGUCCCUUCCAACCCAACACAUUCCAUGAUUCUAUGAUUAUUAUGCUGCUUUUACAGAAAAUUGCAGGUUUUACCAAACAAAAUCAGUAAAUGCAUUGUAAAAAUGCAUUCCCAUUCCACAUGGGACAAAGCUUUAAAUUGGAAAAAUAGGAAUACAUGAUUCUUAUUGAAAGAUGCAACUGAAAUUGUGAUCCUUUGGGAUUUGGCCUGAAGGUUUCUAGGCCUGGGUGAGCUGGGUGGAAAAGGUGAAGUCUCAAUGAAGGGAUUUAGUGGAAGGAAAAAGGAAAACUCCAGGAAUUUCCUCAUGUUGCCGCCCGCUCCUGCAGUCUCCCAGGGCCAGGCAUCAGCUCCCUGACCCCAAAACGCAGCCACCAGAUUAGGGCUUGAGGGUUUGGAAACGGGCUUUCUCCCUGCAGGCGCUCUUCUCCAGGAUGCUGGUCCCCAUCCCCAUCCCAUCCUGCCACCUUGUCACCGCACCGGGACAACCGGCACAAAACCUGCCCAGAUGCCACCUUUGCCAAACGGCUCCUUUGGAUGGGCUCUGGGAGCCAGGAGCUGCGUUGGGCUUCCCCCCAAGGCAGUGCAAAGAGAGAGGAGCAAAAAGUCAUGGUAGGAUUUAUCCCCCUCACCAAGCAUCCAGUGGCCAGCUCUGUGCAUCGAAAUGAUUCGUGUUGCUUAAAAAGGUACCGGGGUGACGGCAAAACAGAAGCAAAUUUAUGAAGUUUUAUCCACUUUUCCCAAUUAAGCAUUUUUCCCAAAGUUUCUAAUUGGAAAAACGACACCCAAAAAGUUGCUGAUUAUGAAUAGGGAUAACUUAAAAGUGAGUGGUUGGAGGAAAUCUUCCCAAAAUUGGGUGAAAAUUAAUAGCCAAAGAGGGAAAAUGGGGCAUGUCUCUUUAGAGCUAACACCUACCCUGACUUUUCCUUCUCUUCCUGGUGAUGGAAUUGGUUCUGUGCGAGACUCAGCACUGGGACCAGGGUGGCCGAUGCUCAGCCCAUGACUGGUGCUGGCUCACACUGAACCUUGCCCAGGUACCAGCAUCUCCCCAAAGCCUAGGGCGAGCAUCCUGCCCUGAAAUCCCUGCCCUGGGGAGUCACCAAGACAUGGGCCAGCUCAAAUUUCCCCAUGAAAACCUUGGAAAUAUCCAAUUGCUGCCACAAAGUUUGUCCAACUGAUGAUUUUCUUUCUUUUUAAUGGUAAAUGUUUAAUUCCCUCUCCCAUUCCCAUGCUCCGUUGAGCCUCAGGAGGGCUCCGGGCAGGUUCUAUGUGGUUAAACUCCACCCAUCCCUCCCUCCCCGAGCUGUACCCCGGGGAGAUGCUCAGAUCUCACCUCCAAAAUGCCAGCUCGGCAUCGGCGGCAGAAGCAGAUCUCCCUCCCUCCACCUCUGGUUAUCCAUCUGGGAAGCGGGAGAGACGCUGCGGACCGUGAUCCUCCUCCUUCGCCUACGCUGAACCCCCCCCGAGCCGGCGAUGCCGGACACGCACCUGAGCUCUUUGCACGGCCUUGCUUUGGAAAUUAGGUGGGAUUAUCGACGUCUCAUUUUAUAGAUUUUAUUUUUUUUCCUUCACGAAAAAAAGAAAGAGAAAAUAAAACCCAACAAAAAGGGUUUCUGCCCCGCUGGGGAGCAGCUUGCUCCGGAGAUCCCGGCGGGAAGGAGGCAUGGAAAACCCUCCUGGCACUCGACGCCAUCCACGCCGCUGGAGCAUUGGUGCAGAGCAACCCCGAGGUGGGGGACACAAAAACCACCACCAAAAAAAACCCCCCAUUUUUGCUCAUGAACUUCAUGCCCUGACUCCCAAGUUCACACUUGACCUUGAAGCUGAGAGCCUGCAUGGAAAGACCACAAACCCCAAGACUAAAAACGCUCUGGGUUACGUUGAGAUGCAGGUUUAGAUCUACCCGGAGCGGUUCCGGAGCAGAUCCACAGCAUCCCGGCAGCAGGACUCCAUGAUCCCCUGGGCUGAUGCCACGGGCAAGUACGGCUCGUGGGAAGAGCAGGGAUACCCGGGGUCGCAUCCGGCAUCAGCUUCACCAUUGCGGUGACACAGUUUUGGGGGUUGGUUUGUUGGGGGGGAGGGGGGGGGGCCUGAUUUCAGGGGGGUUAUUUUAGGAUUAUAUUCUUAUUUUUGUGUCCGGGUCAUUCUUUACCCCCCACCCCCCCCCCCCCCCCAGACUGUAGAACCCAUAAAACUCCUCCUAAUUUUCAAAAGACAACAAGAGAAACGACAAUCUUAAGACACCAACACCCUCCUUUGUGCUUCUCUAAGUACGUUUCGGAUCUAACUUUUCUUUUCUCGUGCUCAUUGUACUGUUGACAGUUACAAUUGUGUAUAAUUUUUUAAGUUGGGAUUAUUUUUUUCUUUGGCGUUGUAUAGGCUUUAGUUUGAAAAAAAAAAUCUAUUUUCCAUUUUUUAAGAAGGGGUGUUGCAAAAAAAAAAAAAGAAAAAAAACCCCCUCCCCCACAAAAAACAUUGCACGAUUUCAAUGACAAUAGUUAAAAUGCUGCAGUUUUUAGAGAUGUGGAAGCAAAAUGGAGCUUAUUUAUUCUCAAAGGCUAUAAAAGGUGUAAAAUGCAUGAAGAAACAAAAAAAAAAAAAAAACAAAAAAAAAAACAAACAAACCUUUACAAAAAAGCCAAAAAAAGCAAAAAAAAGUGUAACCUGAACAAAGUGUAGCGUUAAAAAUUGGGAAGGAUGACAAGAAAACACAAAAAAAGACAAAAAAAAAAGCUAAUAUAUUGUGUUUGGGCUAGUUUGCUUUUGUUUUUAAUUGUUCCUUUUUUUGGAGAAUGAAAUACAAUUGUGUAUAUUUUCAUAUUAAGAAGUAUGCACUGAUAAUGUUUCCAAAAUGAUAUAUUCCUUUCUAAAAGUGUGGUUACUUAACCAAAGUCUUUGUUUCUGAUCUUUUACCUUCUUGACAUCUCUUGUGGAUCCCUCCCCAACACGCGCAACCGGGGCUCGACGCCGCGGGCCGUAGGCAGAGGUAAGCUGGGGUGGUUUGUAGACACCCCCCCUCCACCAGCAUCACCCCCCUUGGCACCCCAUAGGGACCUCUCGGCACCCCAUGGGACCCCACUGCUCCCCAUGGGGUGAUAGAGGGGACCCCAGCACCAGGGUGCGUUUGGUGCUGGUGGAUGCAGCCUGGAUGCCAGUGUUGGGGGGGAUGGCUGUGACCGCCCCAUCCUGGGAAGGCUGGUCUUUCCCAGGGUUUGGAAGAGUCAAGGCUGGCUAGUUUUUGGGGUGUUUGUGCUGGUGGCGUUGGGAAUAGGGCUGUUUGGGUCCAUGGUGUCCCUUUGGUGGGGUGGUGCUGGGGAGAGCAGCGUUGUGGGGGUAUGGCCAUGUGCUGGGGGGGCACGGGGAGCAGGCGAGGGCUCUGUUGCUGGUGUGCACUGGGAUAACCAGGAUUUCGCCCUGGCUUGGUGCAGGAGGAGGAGGAUGGAAGGGGGUUGCAGGGGCUGGUUCGGCAGCUGGAGCAGCAGGACGGGGCAGGAGAUCUCCAUGAGGAAAUCUGGGGAUGGAGCAGGACCCUAAAUGAUGCCUUGAGCCUCAGAUAUCAGCGUGGGCUGCUGGGGUGCAUCAGGAGGGUGUUGAGGACGGGAAUGGAUGGACGGGGAUGGUCUCACCGCUGUGGAGGUGAUCAGCCAGUGUGGAGUGAUCACACUGGGUAGGGUGCGAAGGGGAUGGGGUGACCCCCCCUGCUAAUGGGUUUGAGGGAUGGCAAAGAGCCCGUCUGCAUUGGAGGCUUGGAUGAGGGUGGAUGGAGAUCCUUUGGGAAGAGGUUUGUUGCCAUGUGUAUGGGGCUGCUGCCGGGGUUGGGGGUCUGAGGGUUGCUGGAGAUGUUCAGUCCAGAGCUGGUCACAAGGGGCUGCGCGUGGUCCCAUGUGGGAAAGCGGGAUGAGGAGAAAGAAGAACGUUGCCUUUGCUUUCCCCCUUCACUUCCCUCUUCCUCCUGCCCAAACCUCAGCAAACCAGGGAAAAAGCAAAUCUACAUCCUCCUCCCCCCCCCCCCCCAUUUUCCUUUGAAAAUUCCACCUCCUGCGCUUCCCCCCAGUCCUUUUGCUGGGAAUUGGGAAGUUGUCACCAGCUCUGGGGAAAACGCUGGAAGUGGACGGGGUUGAGCAGGACCCCUUGGCAUGGGGAAGGAGUUUGCAUCUCCCCAGCCAUACCUUGUCCGUGCCCCCCCCCCCCCCCCGGUGCCACAUCCCAUCUUCCCCUCCAGCUGAGGGCACACUUUGGAGCUGUUUGGGGCGUUUUGAACACCCAAAGUGGCAAAACUUCAUCCCUAUCCACCUCUUGCAGGGCCGUGGGUGACUCCUUAACUGCAGGCUUCAGCUCUUGUUUCCCUUUCCCAUUCCCACACCAUUUUUCUUUGCUUUCUUCUCUUCCCCUCCUGCUUCACUUCUCCCCCUCCUUUUAUUUCCUCCCUUUUCUUAUCCUUUUAACACAAAAAAGCUCAACCAGACCCAUAAACCAAGUGUUAUUUUUCACUACCUCCAUCACCCUUCCCUGCCCAAAGUCAGAAGCCUCUCCCCUGUCUGUCCUUCUCCCCCUUCCUCCUCUUCUCUCUCUGGUCUUUCACUUGGAGUAUUUUGCCUGGCUACUGUACGUGUAAAUAGCAAGUUUCACUAUGUCAGCAAUGGUAACAGUACAGAAAACUGGCUUUUGAGUUUGGGGUUUCUUUUUGUUGUAUUGAUAUGAAAUGAGAUUCUAUUUUUGUCAGAGUAUAUUGUAAUAAUACUGACUUUGGCCAUGGCCGACUUGUACAGCUAUUUCUUGUUUAACCCUCUUGGCUCUUCCCGCAUAGCCCCCUCCCCAUCCCUCUCUGCUCCCCACUUUUCCAUGUCCCAGCCAGGUGAUGGUUUGAGCCCCAGGGAUGCUUUUCCAUGGAGGGCUCCCAAAUCGCUGGGGUAUCACCUAUGGGUCCUGGAGGUCAGCACCACCCAGAAAUAGCUUUUGUGGGAGCCUUGAAAUGGGGAGGUACCCGGUGCACAGGGAUGCUCUGGCUCUCUGCUAUGCUCCCAGGAGGAAUAGGAGACCUCGGAGGAGUGGAUGUGGUCAUCCCAGCUCCCCUCCAUUCCCCAGCAGCUGGAAAACCCGUUUAUGUCCAGUUUAUUCCUCUGGAGCUCUGUUCUGUGGGUGAAGUCCUCUUUGGAAUAUGUUUUCUUUAAACCAGAAGAGGGUGGUGUGGCUCAGACCUUGCCGCAUCUUCCAAGCAGGCCGUGAUGGGGAUUUUACAGCUUCCUCAUCCCAAUGCCAUGGGGAGAGGCAGAGAAAGGCAGGAGCUGCUGCCCCCCUGCAUUUAACCACAACAUCCUGGGGCUGAGCACAGCGCAGAGCAGUGCGGAGCAUCCUUUCCCUGGCCGGAAACACACCGUCAUGGAAUGGAUGCUGGGAUGUCCCCGAGGGCUCCCAGCACCUCCCUUCAAGGCUAAGGGAUGAAGCAGCCCUGCCCAGCCCCAUCACCCAGCUCAGGCCGCGACUCCCCUUCUCCCCAUGCCUCUUCCCAAGCAGUUUCCAGGCAAAUAGGAUGCUGAACCAAGUGGGACCAUUGCGGCUGUGCUGUUAAUCCCAUUGGCAAACGGGUCCUAUGAUGGCCUCUGGGUUAGGUCCUCAAUCUUCUCCCAUCCCCAAGCUCCCCAUAGCCCAGGUAAAGCAGGUAGGUGUUCGCAUACUCUGGGGCUUCUGCAACAGUCUUGGUAAGAUAGAAUAGACCCUUUAAAUGAUGCACUAAAAUAAGGGAAUAAAGCAGAAAUCCCCCUCCCCUCAGCUCCUCUGUACGGGGUUAGUGGGAUCUCCGCACAGCUCAGUCUGCAUCAGCACAGGCAGCUCUUCUCCUCUUUCUUUCCCCCUACGGAUGCUGCACAGGUAGAGACGAACCGGGACGUGCACUUCCCCUGAGGAGUUUAUUUAUUGUUUUGAGAAGCAAUUGAAAAGGGAAAAAAAAAAAAAAAAAGGAAAAAAAAAAAGAUAAACCGUGUAUCUAUAAUAUAUAUCUAUAUAUUUUUUAACCUCUCUUUUGUUUUCCUGAUGCUCCUCCACAUGUGUGUGUGUGUAUGUGUGCGUGUGUGUGCGAGUCGAGGGGUUCUGCGCCCGCGGGUGGCAGAUUGGGACGCUCAUGGGAUGCUCAUGGGAUGCUCAUGGGAUGGGCAUGCUCAUCCUGCAGACGUGGAGUUGCUCGUCCACGCAGUACAGAGCAGGAGACACCCUGGUGUGCGUAUGGAGAAGGGGACCAGGGUGUCCCCUGCUCCAUGCCCAGCUCUUUGGGUGCAAUGUGGCAGAAGCCAAGCAGCAGCGUUGCGAGGGAGGAUUUAUGGAGUUUUGAACUGGGAUCUUUGGCUAAUUCCAUCUUUCUCUUGAGUAUUUGCUGGCCUGGCUGAGAACCUCCCAAGUCCUGGGGACACCAUCACCCCCAUCCCUGUCCCUUCCCGUCCCUGCUCCCGACCUGCACCCUUGACAAUCAGUGGCUCCUUCCCAGGGACUGCAGCACGUGGUUGAGGCGUCUGGUUUGGUUUUCCAAUAUCCCUUUUUUUUUUGUGCUGUAUGGUGAUGCGUUAUUGUAUAUUCCACAAUAAAA